AUGAGAUUUAAACGCGGAUAUUACGAUGUUUUCGUACGAACAUGUGCUAAGUAUCCAUCGAGAAUUGCCAUUAGACAUUAUGAAAAUGGAUUGUAUAAAAACUAUUCGUAUUCAGAAUUGUAUGGAGUUUGUGAAUAUUUAUCCCAAAAUUUACAACAAUUGCCAUGUAAGAAAGGAAUCAUUGGGAUAAUUUCAGAAAGAAACGUAAUCAUUCCAUGUGUUAUCGCUGCAGCUCAUAAAUGUAGUACUACUUUUAUGUUUCUGAAUCCUGCAGAAGAUGUAGAAAAAAUUGUACAGAGAGUGAAAUUUUCUAUCUUAAUGCAGAUAAAAAAUGUAGAAAGUGGCAAUUCAGAAUUGAUCAAUAGAAAAUCAGAUAAAACAGUAAACGUUUUUAAUUUGACUGUAAAUAUUUAUGACUUAGAAUCGAGUGGAAGACAGUCUAAUUACAAAUAUGCACCUGAACAUUCUUUCAUAGCAACAACGUCUGGCAGUACUGGUGAACCUAAACAUAUUCAGGUGCCAUUACAAUGCAUGCAACCCAAUAUAGAUGAUCUUACGAAAAUAUUUGACAUCACACCAGAUGAUGUAAUCUACUUUUCUACACCAUUGACAUUUGACCCUUCUAUGAUAGAAAUUCUAUUAGCCUGCAUGAAUGGUGCAUCCCUCCUUAUUGCACCAGAAAAACCUGAUGUAUUAUUUCCAGAAAAAAAUGAAAACUCUGUCACGUUCUGGCAAACAACACCUUCAAGGUUCUUUCAACAUUCAAAUGCAAAUAUCAAAAAUAGUAUUUUAGGUGCCAACUCCACACUAAAAAUAUUGGCACUAGGAGGGGAACCCCUGAACGGUAUAAAAAGAUUGAAAGAAUUAAAGGAUGUUAAAAAUAAAACUAAAAUAUUCACACUUUAUGGAGUAACUGAAAUGUCAUGUUGGGCGUGUGUUGCUGAACUGGACUUAAAUAAAAUAGUUUGCGAUCAGGAAGUACCCCUCGGCAAUUGUCUCUCAGAAACUGAAAUUAUUUUAGAACCUACUCACAAAAAUAAAAAUACUAAUAAAAUUAUUGUUGCAAGUAAAACAAGAAAAUGUAGCAUAUUAAAUAAAGCUACUAGUACAGAAGAACCAAAUUCUUUCAAAUGUAUUGAUACAGGUGAUAUAGGUGAAGUUAAAAAUGGAACAAUUUACUACAGAGGCCGCAAGGAUGAUAUAAUAAAAAGAUUUGGCCACAAAGUGAACUUACAAGCAAUUGAGUCUACAAUAAUGCUAUGCCCAAGAGUUACCACAUGCUCAUCCAUUUGGCUACCAAAGCCGAUGCUUCUAGUUGUCUACUUUUCUUCUGAAACUCUAAGUAGUCAGGAACUAUCUGAUUUUUUGAAGUGCAAACUAGAUGAUAAGCAUUGGCCUGAUAAAAUUAUAAGAGUAGACAACUUACCAAUGAAUUCUCACGGCAAGAUAUCAAAACAAAUUCUAUCUGAAAUGUUUCAAAAGUUACAAAAACCUCAGACAUUAGAAUCAUUUAGAAUGAUUUUAAUGAAGGAACUGAAAGUGACUUUGAACAGAUGUUUUACAUAUGAAGAUAUAAAGGAUAGAGACUUCUUUUCUAUUGGUGGUACCUCAUUUCUUGCAGUUUCAAUUUGUAACAAACUAUCUCUCAUCUGUCCAAAAUUCGGCAAGGUUAUCUUACCUUAUUUAAUUAGUCAGAAAAAUACAAUAGAUGACAUUAUACGUAUUGCUGUUAAAGAGCUAGGUAUUGAAAAGAAAAGGACUCGAGAAAGGCUUAAGAGGUCCAGAUCAAAUACAGAAAGUUUUGCAUCAACUGGGCAGUCUAUUAAAAAGAUAGCUGAAAAUGUAAAACCUCAAAAUUUUAUAGAAUUUGUAGUUGUUUGGACUUACGAUACUGGAAAAUGUGUUGAUGCACCUCCAACUUUAUUUAAAAAUGGUUUCAAACAAUUCGUGACCGUGGGCAGUCACUCAGGGAAAAUCGUUGUUGUUGAUGCAAUCACUGGUAUAACGCAAGGUGUGGUCAAAGUGAAAUCGCGGGUCGAAGCAUCUGUUUUUUGUUACAACGACACUCCAUUGACAACACCAUGUGGAAUGGUUGGGACUUACGAUGGUACAAUAGUAUGCUUCAAGUUAGAAUCAUGUGAAGAGCUUUGGCGCAUAAACAUCGGUUCUAUGAUUAAAAGUAAAGGAACUUGUUGCAAAGGAUGCCUUUAUAUUGCAGCAUACGAUGGAAACAUACGUUGUAUUGACGUUCUGACAGGAAUAAUAAAACAUACAAUUCAAAUCUCUGGUCAGGCCAUUUCAGCUGAUUUAGCUCUCGCUAAAAAUGAGUAUAUUUUAUUGGGUACACUGACAGGGGUUUGCGCAAGUAUACAUAUUGAGACAAAAACUGUUGUUUGGAGAGCCUCUCUAGGGAGCCCAGUGUUUGCUAAUCCUGUACUCUACGAUAACGAUAAAUAUGUCGUUUUCGCGGAGGUGAAUGGAGAAAUACAUUGCAGAACAGUUGAAAAAGGCAUCAAGAUUUGGAAAUACCAAGGAGCAAAAGGGAAUAUAUUUUCAUCAAUUUACAUAAAAGAAGUUGAUAAAUUUAAAUGGCAAAUGGUAUUUGGAUGUUAUGACAGUAAGGUGUACAGUAUCAUUGUGAAGAAUUUUCAACCAAAUUUACAAUGGAAAACUCAAUUAACAUCUUCAGUUUAUUCUACUCCUUGUAGUUUAAGUGACCAACUGAUACUGGCAGUCUCUAACAAUGGCGUAUUAUGCAUUCUUAACUCAGAAACAGGUGUCCUCGUCUCCGAGUACUCCUUACCAAAUGAAUCAUUUUCAACUCCAGCUAUCUACGGUGAUUAUAUUUUUAUUGGUUGCAGAAAUGACCACUUGUACUCAAUAAAAUAUUCACUUAACUUAUAAUUUGCCUUAAUCUUAAUUAAAAAAUUUAAGCCAA